CAUUUCCUUGGUUUGGGAUGGACAUUGGUGGCACCUUGGUGAAGCUUGUUUACUUUGAGCCCAAAGACAUAACAGCAGAGGAAGAACAGGAGGAGGUGGAGAACCUGAAGAGCAUUCGGCGCUAUCUAACAUCCAACACAGCCUAUGGCACAACGGGCAUCAGGGAUGUGCACCUGGAGCUUCAGGACCUGACUCUGUGUGGCAGGACAGGCAACCUACACUUCAUCCGCUUCCCCACACAUGACCUCCCAGUCUUUCUACAAAUGGGCCGCAACAAGCACUUCUCCAGCCUUCAUACCACCCUCUGCGCGACAGGGGGUGGAGCGUUCAAGUUUGAGUCGGAUUUCCGAAUGAUGGCGGACCUGCAGCUCCACAAGCUGGAUGAGCUGGACUGUUUGAUCCGAGGGGUGCUGUACAUUGACUCAGUUAUGUCCAGUGGACCCUCAGAGUGCUACUACUUUGAAAACCCAACAGAUCCUGAUCACUGCGUGCAGAGACCCUAUCCACUGGAGAAUCCAUAUCCCCUGCUGCUGGUCAAUAUUGGCUCUGGGGUCAGUAUUCUGGCCGUCUACUCGGAGAACAACUAUAAACGAGUCACUGGAACCAG